UGAGUGAACACACACAGAAGACAACUCUUCGGAUUUUUGUUUGUUCUUUCUAGAGAAAAAGCAAAGAAAUCUGACAGAAGGAGAGAAUUCCAUCAAAAAAGAAUUAAUUUUCAACCGAUUUUCGGUAAAAUUGAAUGAAAAAUCGCGAAAAAAUGUGAAAAAAAUUAAAAUUGUGAAAACCUACGAAAAAUAAUUCAAAGAAAAAUGUAAAGAAGACGAAGGAUAACGCAAUAUUGUAUCGUAGAUUAAAAAAAAAUUCGUGAAAAAAAUAAAAAUAAAUAAAAAAUUGGUAUUUAGUGCGUGUACUUUUGCACGUCAAAGGUGCAUAAGUGUUACAAAUAAUUCAGAAUAAUUAAUAAAAAUUGCAACAACAACAACAAAUCGUCGUGCCGUGUCGGUCGUGUGAAUUCCUUCAUUCACAAUACUCGUAAAAAAAGUAGCAGAAACAACAAAACAGACGACGACGACUUCCGACGAAGUAAUUUCGCGCGGUCGAUUCACCUCAUUAUUCAACUAUCAAUUAUUAUUCGAGUGAAAAACGAGGAAAUUUUUUUUUCUUUAUUUUUCGUUCGUUCUGAUAAAAUUAUUCAACGAAAAAUUUCCAAACACAACCAAAAACGUUCUUCUUCUUGAUAUAAAGAGAGAGAGUGAAAGAAAAAAAAAUCAAUAAUAAAACAAAAAAAGUUGUGUGGUUCCUCGUAUAUCGCCCGCUUGUAUAUCUCUCUAUAGGCGAGGUACCAUCGAAAAAAAAAAUAAAAGGAGCGUAGAGUGGAGGAAAUAAAAAUAUAUACAUGUAGAAGACCGUCGUCGACGACGACGAAAACGACGAAGAACCAACAAUAACAUCAACAUAAAAUUUAUAUUUGUGUGCUUCUUACUUAUGCUCCAUACUAUUAAGGCUAUAAUGUCAUUAUAUUUUGUGCUGGUACAUGUUUAGAAAUUCAAUAAUAAGUAAAAUAAUAGAAGAAAAAGUUUCGCAGAGCAAAAAAAAAAAUAAAUAAAUUAAUACAAAUUAAAAAAAAAAUAAAAUAAAAAAAAAAUAUAUGAAAAAUAGUGAAUGAGAAGAGAAUUGUAGUCAACAACCACAACCAUAUAUAAAUAAUACAUAACCAACAUGGAUAAAUGGAUUGUAUUAUUAGCAAUUUUAGGAGUUACGGCAUCCGUGGAAGUUCAUUUCGAGACGCCCGACAGCGGAUUUUUCCUGAAACACACUCCACGAUCGCCGGCAUCCUCAUUGCAGCUGGAUCCCUCACAGAAAGUCAGCAUCUCAACCUCAUCAUCAUCCGCGUCAUCAAGUAGAAAUCAAGAAUCUAUUUUAAGCUUAGAUAAAUUCACAGUCGUUCAAACGGCGCAACCUGUCUCGAUCCGUGCCAGUUACGGACCCUUUUCGACAAAACAAACAGUUCCCGCGCGCUACAUAGUGCCGGAUGUCGUCACAGAUGGCGCUGCUGACAGCGAUCAGUCUGUAUCGACAACAACGACAAAUACGACAGCAGCGCUUCUCGAUUUGCAACAAUCGAAUGUGCAUUUGGAUAUUUCGGCGCAUCUUGUGCGUCAAACAAUUCCUCGCGAUUCCCCAGUUUUGCGAGUUUUAUUCCAUGCGGGCGCAGAUCCCGGCGGACAUGUGCAACGCCAAAAAGUUUGCGUUUUAUUGCAUGUGUCGAUGAGUAAUAGAGCUCCGUUGAAAGGGCGUUGCAUGCCCGAAGGCGAAGAUGGCGUUUGUGUUGCCGAAGUUAUUAUUCCGUCAAAUUGGUGGCCCCCAAUUCCCGCCCCUGUGAACACAGUCGACGGAAAAUCGCCACAAAAAACGCCUCAGCGAGUUGUGCAAGUUUCGUAUAGUGUUUUUGAGCCGCCCAUGAAGAACCCGGAAUUGUGCGAGCCCAAAGUUCAAAUUCAACCAUUAACAACAUUUGCUAAGGUACCUCUUGUGCAAGCCGAAACCGCAUACAAGGAACUACGAGCUGAUGAUCUAUUAACUAUGUUGGUCCCGCAUCAUCCCUUGUAUCCAUUAUCGAAAAUUCAUGUACCUGUUUUCUUACAACUCCAACCGGAACAGAAUAUUGCCGUUUUCAUUGUGAGAGCUCGCGUGAAAGCUGGCAUGCGGAUUUUGGGAGCGACAGCCUCAUCUGACGAAUGGAAUAUUUCAAUCGAGAAGGAAAAUCCAAAACAUACGGUAGCACGUGUAACAGCUUUCCGGAAGGACCGUGACCCAGAUAGCGUGCCGAGAGACAUUGAAGAGACACAGACAAACAAGAUCAUUGAAGUAUUUUCAUGGUUGAUUGAGGUAGCCAAUGACACGAAAGAGCAUUUCGAUAGUGGGCGCAUUGUGUGGUCAGUUAGUUAUGUACAUGACGGGCCAAAAUUGAAGGAAAAUCCAGAAAUAGGCGAGAAACGAGAACAUGAAGAGCCACGCAAGAAACUCAUUGCGAAGGUUGACAUUCAGAAGGAUGAUAUUCAAGCUGUUUUGCCCAUUUCGAAGAAUUGGGAACUAAUGAACACCGCAGUCCUCACAGGACGUCAAGUUUCGCAAGCAAUGAAAGUCUUCAUUGUCUCCCAAGCCGGCAAAAUCGCUGACGUAACCUUACAAAGUAGCUGCUAUGCCGACGACGAAAGUGUCGUAAAGGUCUCUUCUUCAUGCAGUUCUGUCUAUGUCGAUGGCUCCGAAGGUCGAGGCUCUUCAAACGCUACAAUUGUUGUCAAGUAUGGAACUUACAGCGGUUUAGCCAAAUUCAUCGUUUGGAUGCCCGAAUUCCCAUUGGAAGUUUCUGUCGCUGAUUUCCGCUUGUCUCAAAUCAAAGGAUGGCGCGUGCCUGACGAGCACAAUAAUGUGAAUGGAAAACUUCGAAGAAAACGCGCUUACAGCUUAAGUCAUCAUAGCGAAGAUUACAACAGCGAUCGUGGAAGUUGCAAAGCUCGAUAUCAACAAAGCCCGGUAGAGGUUUAUGCGAGAUUUUUAGCUGUUGAUCAAGAUUCGGGUCGUGUUAGUUACCUCAUCUCCCGUCGCACAGCUUUGCGAGUAACCGAUCUCGUUCAACCUUUAUUCCGUGUCGCAGAUCCUAAAAUCGCCACGUUACGAGGUCGCAUGUUGCAAGGCAAAUCUCCGGGUCGAACUGACAUCCAAGUUCUCUCUCCAAUCACAGGACGAGUAAUUGGCACAAAAGAAAUCCGCGUCAGUACCGACAAAGUUCAGAUCAAAAGAUUGCACGUUCGAGUUGUUUCGGGACUUCAACUUACCAUAACGCCAGAUACGGCGAUCGAGAAUGGAUAUAUCGCGGAAACGACUGUCACUCGUAAACUCACGGCCCAAUAUCAAGAAGGAUUGAUGGAUAUCGACAUUGAGUUCGAUGAUGGAUCUCGUUCGCCAUUACGUGACAUUUCCGUCGAUGAUUACUUUUUGUUAGUUGAGAGUUUGGAUACAGAGGUCGUUGCUUUCGCGCCAAUGUUGGCGUCGCAUCAUCCACGUGUAAUCGCUGUGGGACAAGGACACGGAGAUUUAUUGAGAGUUACGUUACUUUUACCUGAAGAAUGUCGUUCACGUCGAAAUAUCCCACUUUUGAAGCCAAAUAAUGGCGGGAAAAAUUCAGCAUCGGGUCCAACGCUCGCAACAGCUCUUGCUUCAGUCGAAGUUGAUUUUGGAGGUUCUGACACGAGCAAAUCAGAUCAUUCUCGACCUGAUACUGUGCAAAAUGACGGCACUUCAAGAGGUUAUCGCGGCAGAGAUUUGGGAGAUUUGGCUGAUAUUUUGAUUGGAAUCCCGCUAAAAGAUGCAAGUCAUCAUGAGCCAACAGUUCAAGCAAGGCAACAUCGAGGCAUGACAGCUUUGGAUACGCUCAAUGGAAUGGUUUCGCACAAAAGUUCAGUUCAUUCUGACAUGACGACCAUCGAGAUUGGCAUGUAUGUGCUUUUGGCGGCUUUUUGUUUGGCAAUUGCAGUUUUUGUGGUUUCGUGCGUUGUGUAUGCGUCGAAAUUCAAGCCUGUGCCGAUUGAAGCUGUCAAUGGCGAUGAUGGGGAAAGAGAUGUUUUGGGACUUGGCGUGUUGCGAGAGAUGAAGAAAGGAAGAGAUUCGACGCAAAAUGCUCAUGAUUGGGUUUGGUUGGGUAGAAAUACGGUAGAUCGUAAUAGCAUGGCGGUUGAUGCGAUGAACGGAAAUAUGUGGGAAAAUGCAAGAGACUCCCGAAUUCGUAUCACAAGUAACCCAAUGAUGUAUGCGAAUGCAGAGGCAAUGCAAGUUAACAGCUUCGAGACGCCUCAACGACAGUACAGACAUUAUCCAAUGGUCAACAGUAUCGACUCGGCAACAUAUUGCAAGAAAGAUAGAUUCAUGAAUGGACAAAGUUUAGGAGCUCCGCCAUUGCCGCCCCAUGGAGUGCCGAUAAUCAAACCACAAAGACCUGAUUAUCGUCCUCCGGUUCCGCCACACAGAAAUAUCGGCGUAACGGCAAACAUUGGACAACCGAUUGUUGGAAAUGGAGAACAGCAGGAAUUCAUCGUUCCGCGUCGUCCCCCAAAGCAUCAUUUGCGCCAAGGCAGUAACGGCAUCAUAAAUCCCUUCUUCGCUGCCGUCAAUCCCGUUCCAAGUACGAGUCAACAACAACCGCAGCCUGCGUCGGCAUCGCAUCGCAUCCCGCAACAACAUGCCGCGACCUCAGGUCUCUUCAGCAACAAUCCACCGCAGUAUCUGAUACAGGCGCACGAGUUGCAACGCAACGGCAAAAGUCCCAAAUCGCCGCGUCGCCUAAACUUAAUGAGCUUCGAGGGUGUCGAACUUGUGCAUCACAAUGCGAAUCGCGAACUCCAUCAAGCCGAAAAGUUGGUAGAAACUGCGAAUAAUUUCCAGUUUGACACGAUGACACCAAAGAAGCCACAAACGCUCGACUUGGAGCCGAAAAAUGGCGACGAGGAACGCAAAGAAGACGAAAGUGCGGAAAAAUUAUCCGCAUCGCCGCUUCACAUCUCCGAAAAUGACGACGAAGAUGCGAAAAAUAAGACUUUGGAGUCGAGCAGCGACGAUAACGGAGGAUUUGUGACACCGCCCGGCAUGCCACGCACGAAUCGCGUCAAGCGAGCAACUGUCGUCGGCAACCCGAUGUUCUCCAAUACGCCAGAUAGCGAGAUUGGACCCGGAGAAAGUCUCGGCUUGGAUGAUCUCGACAUGGAUUACGAACAAAUUAUGCAUUAUUUUGACAAUUUAAAGGAAUCUAACGCUUGAGUGCAAGAGAUCAUUUCAAAGAUACGCGAAAUUUUGUCAUCUUUCGAGCAGCAAUACCGUAACGUAGCUCUUAGACCUGCGUCGCCCGCUAACUCGACAAUUCCACACAUUGACGAUCCAAAUUUCUUUUAUUUUUUCGAAAAUUUAAGUGAAUCUUAUGCAUAAUAAGAGAACCAGGUGUCAUAAAAAAGCAACAAAUCGAAUCAAAUUGAAUUGAAUUAUUAUAGUUUUUACCUGAAUUCGUCAUAAAAAUUUGUGCGUUCAUAUCGUGCUGGAAUCGCGUGAGCCUUUGAAGUGAUCAGAAAAAUUACAAAAAAAUCUUGAAUGAAAAAAAAAAUAAUUAAAUUUGAAUUAAAUGAAAUAAACAUAUUCUGCUUUGGAACAAUCAUGAUACUCUGCUUUGUUAACACACGCUUGUUUGAGAAGAAGAAACGCUUCCAAGAUGAAAUUUUUUCCAGCACCCCCAAUUUUUUGACGCACGUUAAUUGAGAAAUCCCCCUUUUGUAGUUAGUUAGUUUUAUCAAGACGCCUCAAAAGUCGAAGAAUGAAAUUCACAACCACCUCAGUAAUUUAAGGCUGCCAUUUUUUGAAUAGUUUUCACUCCAAUUUCUUAAUUAAAAAUUUAACUUUUUCUCAAAAAAAAAAAUCUUAUUCUAUAAAAAAAAAUCUAUUGCAGCCUCUAAUAUUAAUCGAUAAGCUAGAAAAAAAAAAGAAUGAAGCAAAGUUCUAUAUCAUCAAAUCUAGUCAUAAAACGCAUAUUAUUAACGUUAAUCAAUUAAUUAUUAACUAUUAUUUACCUAAAUAUAUAAGAAAAAAAGUAAAAAAGGAGAAAAUAGUGUUAUUCAAGCUUAAAAUAUAUAAAUAUAAUUAAUAAAAUAAUAUUAAUAAAAAAUAAGAAAAAAACAUCCCGAGAUGAAGAACUCCAAAAAAAAUAGUUAAUAGGUGAUUUCUACGAUGACACAAAACACACAAACAGGGAAAUAUCCACCAAAAAACUCUUCUUCAUGCGAAAUGCACAACAUGUUUGUGACAUCAUUU